AGCAUAAUUUUAAUAGUAAACAUGGCUUCAGAAGUAGUAGAUUGCGAAAUUAUUGUUUCGAAUUCGGUUGACAAUUUUGAUACAGCUACUAGCUCCAGUCAUGGAAUUCUUGACAGCAGUGAUCCAUAUGAAAGUCUAAAUAAUUCAAGUGGUACCAGAACAAAUAGUGAUUCCAAUGAUGUGAGCUUAAACAUACAACCUCCUGCAGACCCCGGUUGUACUGAUGGUUUUCAGAACGGUGAUGUCGGAUUAUUAGAAAUUGCCGUUGAAGCUCAACCUGAUUUGAUUUUUGAAUCAGAUCUUGUCUCCAAUAACCAAGACCAACAAUUUGUACGGCCCAGGGUCUACUUAGAACGAGAUUCUUUCAGCAAUCAAAAUGAGGAUUCCAUAUCACGUACAACCAAUGCUUCAUCAAUCUUGGAAGAAAAUUCCCUGCCAGCUGCUGCUGGUGAUGAAGAGAGUGGAUCAGACUCCUUGCUGUGGAAAAAUCAAAAGAAACAUUUCUUUGUCUUGAGUGAAGCAGGAAAACCCAUCUACACAAGACAUGGAAAUGAGGAGCAGCUUGUUACCUUAUUUGGAGUGAUGCAGGCACUUGUUUCAUUUGUGGAAGAUGGGGAAGACUCCAUGGACAUGAUUUUGGCUGGUGAUACCAAAUUUGUUUUUCUACACAAAACACCUCUAAUUUUGGUAGCUGUUUCGAAAUUACGAGAUAGUGUACUUCAGUUGCAGCUGCAAUUAGAGUAUAUCUUCAAUCAAAUCUCUAGCGUUAUUACCCGAGCACACCUUGAAAAAAUCUUUGAGCAGAGGCGAAAUUACGAUCUUCGGAGGCUUUUAGCUGGUUCCGAACGACUCAUGGAUAAUUUGGUCAACUACAUGGACACCGAUUUUUCCGUUCUACUUGGUGCAGUCAAAUGCCUACCGAUGCCUUCUUGUGACCGAGAUGCGGUCACGCAAACUAUACAUCAACAAUGUAGCAAAAUUAAGGGCUUAGUCUUCACUGUGUUGAUUGGUAACAAUCAGUUGAUCAGUUUGGUGCGUGUUAACAAAAAGCACCUGCUUCAUCCCUCUGAUGUACAUCUAAUCAUCAAUCUAGUAAAUUCAUCCGAAACAUUUAAAACGGCUGAAGGUUGGACCCCCAUAUGCCUUCCACAUUACGAUCCGAGAGCGUUUUUGUACGUUCAUGCGUCAUACCUGAGUGAAGAUUGUCAAGCGUGCCUGCUCUUUUUUACUACCGAUCGUGAUUCUUUUUUCAGUCUUUCCGAUGCCAAAAAGAAUAUCGUCGAUAGACUACGACGCCACAAUAACAUUCUCGAAUCGAUCACUCUUGCUUUACAUUCGAUCUGCCCUAUCCUAAGUCAAGUGGGCUGUUCGGAUAUCCGGCAUUUUGUGUACAAGUCAAGAUUGUCUGCUCAGUACACUUAUUCUAAUAAUGGUCCGCCUUAUCAACAUGAACAAGGGCAGCUCUAUUUAAUGGAUCUCUACCGACAUGUUCACGGUCGCAUGCAUUCUCCAUCACGCCCAUUGAAAAUGAUGUGUCACACUGCUGAAAAAGAGAUACUUUUUGGCUUGGUUACUCCUACUUAUGAACUAUAUAUGGUCGUAGAGCCGAUGACGACCAAAACGGCAAUAAUGAACGCGGCCAAUGCUAUACUUAAGUGGAGUAAGCGUGAAGAAGAAAUCCACUUCAUCACUACUUCAGGAAGUUGGUAAAGUACCGAAUGCAGCCUUCCUUUACUUUCGAUUUUAAUGCAUCAUGAUGUAUUUAGACUUCCAGAUUUAUCUGUUAUGGUUGUGUUAAUAUUCAUUCCAUUUGUGAUACAUUAUAACUGCAAAUGAGAAAACGAAUCUUUUGUAGAAUUUUUUAUUGAAGUUCUACAAUAUAUCUUUAAAGAACUA